UUGGAAAGGAACCAUUUCCAUGGGCCAUCUGUCUUCCCGCAGCCAGCAGCCGCAGCCGCAGCCGCAGCCUCUCGCCAAGCAGCCCGGAGCAGCCCCGCUAGACUGCGUGCCACCGGCGCGGGGGACGGCGGCCACCAUCCACGGGUAGCGCCAGCAAGGGGGCCACGCCAGCAGCAGCUGCCCAGGAUGGUUUUGGUACACGUCGGCUACCUUGUUCUUCCAGUGUUUGGCUCUGUGCGAAACAGAGGCACGCCUUUUCAGCGGUCUCAGCAUCCUCAUGCUACCUCCUGCCGGCACUUCCACCUGGGCCCCCAGCCUCAGCUCUCCGCGGACUUCCCCCUGCCUCACGCCGUCCAGCCUCACAUGGCGCCUCCUCACCAGCACAGCGGCCCGCUGCACCCGCCCCUGCCGCCUCUGCCCGCCCUGCCGUUCCAGGACGUGACGGGACCCUCCUUCCUACCUCAGGCCCUCCACCAGCAAUACCUCCUCCAGCAGCAGCUCCUCGAAGCCCAGCACCGCCGACUCAUGCCUCACCCCAGGCGGACGCAGGAGCGCGUGUCUGUCCAACCUCAUCGGUUACAUCCCAGCUUUGAAUUUGGCCAUCAACUGCAGACUCCUCAAGCCAUGGGCCCCCCUCCCAGAUACUUAGCUGAGGGAACCGACUGGGAUCUCAGUGUCGAUGCUGGACUGACUCACAACCAGUUCCAGGUCAGGCCAGUUCCGCAGCAUUAUCAGCAUUACUUAGCUUCUCAAAGGAUGCAUCAUUUCCCCCGGAACACGUCCUCAACGCAGAUGGUUGUUCAUGAAAUUAGGAACUACCCGUAUCCUCAGCUUCAGCUCCUUGCUCUUCAGGGACUGAACCCAAACCGACACACAUCUGCUGUGAGGGAAAGUUACGAAGAGCUGUUACAACUGGAAGACAGGCUGGGCAGUGUGAACAGAGGGGCUGUGCAGAACACCAUCGAACGGUUCACCUUCCCACACAAGUACAAGAAGAGGAGACCGCAAGAAAGCAAAACAGAGAAGGAAACAGGGGAGGAGUCGGACACAGAUGAGAAAUGCACAAUCUGCCUCUCAAUGCUCGAAGACGGCGAGGAUGUGAGGCGCCUACCUUGUAUGCAUCUCUUUCACCAAGUGUGUGUGGAUCAGUGGUUAGCGACCAGCAAGAAAUGCCCCAUUUGCCGAGUGGACAUUGAAACACAACUGGGAUCCGACAGCUGAAAUAAGCCAACUGGGGGAUGCAUCCUCUCUUUCGGGUCCUUAUCGGGGCACGUGGCCCUUGCAGCAAAAUGUUUGCCUUCUGAGCCAUUUGAUUUUUUGAAGAAAGCCUGCAAGCACAUUCACAGAUUAUUUAAAAAAAUAAAAAUAGAAGAAGAGGAGGAAGAAGGAGAAGGAGAAGAAAUGUGAGACGAUGAUGAGUUGGUGGCUAUAAUGCCCAGAGAUCAUUGCAAUGUAAAUCUUGCAUUUUAGGAGAAUUUUAAACAUGCUUGCAAGACAGAAAGGAUUAGAGCUGAAGAGGAAUUCAACAAUGCUUAUUUUAAGCUGCUUUGUUUUGGCUGUUCUUCUGAUAGAACCCCAUAGCUGCAAGUAGUGAUGCAAUCGAAAGCAAACGAUAGUUGAGUCCAGUGUACACCGCAAAAUGUUUUGACAAUCGGAAUAUUUUGGCAAUGAGAGGUUAUUAGGUGUCUGAAAAAUGAUAUAAUGGUGCACUGAUCUGGGAAGAAAAAUGCAAAUGAACAUAAAGUCAAACUAUAUGCCAUGGUUGAGCUU